UACACCUACUCACCUUGGUUGGUUGAACCACAAUGGCGACGUAUGGUGACGAGCCAGUCGACAGCUAUUUCUACUCAUCUUACAACCCCUACACGGGCAGAUAUCCCCGGGCUAAAGACACGGGCUGGAAGUAUAAAAGUUACCUCUCCCACUAUGGCGACACAGCGGAGGCCUUCAACAACCACCAGCGCGCCCAGCUCAAGUCCAUCUUAUCUCAGAUCAAUCCAAAGCUCACCCCGAGGCUCCGGAAGGCCAACACUAAAGAUGUGGCGGUGCAGGUGAACCCGAAGAGAGACGCCUCGGCGCAGUGCUCCCUCGGCCCGCGGAGACUCCAGGCCCUGAAGGGGGAACUCUGGCGCAAAGGGAGGCAGGAGCCCGCGGCCCCCGGCAGCCCCAAGGCGGCCGGCGGCGUGCGGUACCCCCGCACCCUCGCCGUGUACUCACCCAUCGCCUACAGGUGCGUCACCUCCUUCCUGGUCGACGAGAACAACAACAACAACGACAACGAGGAGGCCUCCUGCGGGGAGGCGGCGGCCGGAGAGCCGCCCGGGACGAAGAGCGACGAAAACCGGGCUGGUGAGGAGGGAAAGACCGCGAAGGUCCCAGACAAACGUAACAAAACAAAGUUCAAGCAGCAGAUGGUCAGUGAAAACACGGAGCCGGCCACCGAGGGGUCAAAGGGCAGGGCGCGCGUGCGCUUCCAGUUUCUGGAGCAGAAGUACGGAUAUUAUCACUGCCGAGAAUGCAAUCUGCGAUGGGAGAGCGCCUACGUUUGGUGCGUUCAGGGCACCAACAAGGUUUACUUCAAACAGUACUGUAGGAAAUGCCAAAAGGAGUUUAACCCAUACCGUGUUGAAGACAUCACAUGUCACACUUGCAACAAAGCACGUUGUUCCUGCGCAGUGACACAACGCCACGUUGACCCCAAGCGGCCCCACAGACAGGACUUGUGCGGCAGAUGCAAAGGCAAGCGGCUGUCCUGCGAGAGCACGUUCAGCUUCAAAUACAUCGUCUAGGAGACCUCUCGUCUGAACUCUGCCCUGUAACACAUCGGUACAUGUCCUGUGGGGACAUCUUCAACCCUACGCCAUUGUAUUUGCAGAUGCAAUACACACACUUGUUUCAAAUCUUAGUUUCAUGCCUGUUUUUGUGUUGAUGAAAUUUGAUGGUAAGCAUCACACACUUGACAAUGUAAUAAAUGGUUACCCUGCA